CUGCACACCGCAUGCUGCUGCUGCUGUAGCCGCCGCUGACAGCCAUGACCAAGACCAGCGUCCGCAAGAUGCACGCAGAGUCGACGGCCGCGGCGGCCACCAAGGCCAGUAACGGCUCGUCGACGGCCUCGGCGGCCAACGAGCCGCUCACCGUUGAGAACUUUGCCGAGAGGGCGCUCAGCGAGAUCCUGGCCGAGCGCCCUGGCGAACUCGUUCGGACCGGAAGUCCGCACUUUGUGUGCACCGUGUUGCCACCCCACUGGCGCUCCAACAAGACUCUGCCCGUGGCCUUCAAGGUGGUGGCCCUCGGCGACGUGCUGGACGGCACCCUGGUCACCGUGCGCGCUGGCAAUGACGAGAACUAUUGUGCCGAGUUGAGAAACUGUUCGGCGAUCAUGAAGAACCAAGUGGCCAAAUUCAACGACCUCAGGUUCGUCGGAAGAAGUGGCAGAGGAAAGAGCUUCACGUUAACCAUAAUUGUGAGCACGUCGCCGCCUCAGAUCACCACCUACACAAAAGCCAUAAAAGUGACGGUUGAUGGGCCUCGGGAGCCUAGAAGUAAGACAAGGCACCAGGCGUUCCACCCCUUCCACUUUGGUCAUCGAACACACUUCCACUUCGGCAACCCCCUUGACCAGCCUCGAAUACCUGACCCUUUGGCUGGAUCGUUACCCUUCAAACUAUCAGGAAUCGUCCAGCACCUUGGUAUGAACGCUGGUGAGCAUCCGUGGAGUGCGUUCAGGGCGUCGCACCCCUAUCCGCACCAAUACUCUUUGCAACAGCCCACCGGAUUACACGGUCCACAUUUCCCGGCGACGGCAGCUGCAGUAGCCGCCGCUCACGCACUCGCCUUUCCCGGUAGAGCAGCGGCCGCGGCGACGGCGGUCCAUGAUGAGCAGUCCGCGCUGCAAAACCUUAGCACAAACGAAGCACUACCAAGACCAAAUUCUCCAGUUAGAGCAACAUGCGCCGAAAGCAUCACAAGUCGUCCAAAGCUGCUCGCCCCCAGCCCUAAAGCAGCGACAGUUUCAAACGACACCCCUACCUCCAGUUCGUCUGCAUCCCGCCACCGCAGCACACCCUGUUCGACCACCCUGAGCCCCAGGUCUCCUGAGACGGCCGGUUCGGCGACCACCGAGUCCUCAGCUACCCCCGUCCCCAGCUCCCGACCAACCCUUCCCCUGAUGCACCUGCCCUCGUUGCUUGGCGGCCACAGCUACUACAGCAGCAUGUUUCUGCACAACCCUCUGCUACCCCCCAGCCUCCUCUACUCGCACCUCUACCCCAACCACUUCCCUGGCCACGAACAACUGAUGGCCGCCGCGCACCUGCGGCCGCCGCUCGAGUCUCCGGCCGAUUCUUCCGAGGACAAAACGCACCCUGAGGACUGCAGCAUGAAGGGAAGGGCUGAGACGACUUCGCCACCCCCCUCCUCAUCUUCACCACCCUUGAAGGCUUCAACGCCACCGGCUGACGUGACGCAACCGGCGCGGUCAAAUGUGUCCAGCCCUGGAAGGGCGAUGGCGCGUAAACCCACCACAGAUGUGUGGCGGCCGUAUUAAAAAUUAUUAAAAAAAAAAAACGAUUAGUCAUUUCAAGUCAAUUUUUUAUUGAAAUACUUUAUGUGAUCCCUCUGUGUUUAAAAUAUAUAUUAAUUAAAUAAAAUGUGAAUAGAGUUAAUUUACUUAGAAGGAAGCAUUUCUGUUUCUGUAAAUUUGUUAAUUGUAUUUGUUGAUAUAAACCUUUUAAAAUGUAUCUGAAUUUCCCUCCGUUGUAGCACCCAGUGUAAAGAGCACCCUGACAAAUCAAAACUUCCGUUCGCAGAUGUCGUUGAGUUUCCGCGUGUGAAAUGUAAAAAAUAAAUAAUCAGUCUGUACAAAUGGAAAUAAAAAAAUUAAACUGUUAUUCCCAAUUCACACUGGUUCUGACAACGAGAGAGUGCGAUUGUAAAAUCACCGAGUAUGGACGAUUCAUUUGAGCAAAUGCAAUGUAUGAUGUACGUUAAAUGGAAGGAAAAUAAA